CAGGCCCCGCCCCCUCUGCCCCACCCGCCAAUCGGCGGCGCCCGGGCACGCUGCGGCCGGCCGGUGCGCUGCGCCGCGCCCUCCCCGCGGCGGUCGGCGUGGGGUGCCGCGGGCAUGGCGGUGGCAGCCGUUGGGCGCGUGCUGCGCCUGGGCGGCCGUUGGAGCGUGGCGGCGCGGGACGGGCCGCGCGCGCAGACAUUAAGGGUAAUCUAUACCACUGCAGUAGUGCAGAGGAAAAAUGUAGCAGCCUCAGGACCUGAAAAGUACACGGAAGCAUUUAUUAAAAAACAGAUUGAAGAGUUCAACCUAGGAAAGAGACAUUUAGCCAACAUGAUGGGAGAAGAUCCAGAAACUUUUACCCAAGAGGAUAUUGAUAAAGCUAUUGCCUAUCUCUUUCCUUCUGGCUUAUUUGACGAACGAGCCAGGCCCAUGAUGAAGCAUCCCACUGAAAUUUUUCCAGAGAAGAGGAAAAUCCAGUGGGGAGAAGAUGGUCGACCAUUUCACUUUCUCUUUUAUACUGGCAAGCAGUCAUAUUAUUCAUUAAUGCAUGAAACAUAUGGAAUGUUGCUAAAUGCUCAGAAAUACCAAGACCAAAUGACAGCUCAAGGCUUUCCUCCUGAGAAAGAAAAAAAAAACCUGCCUGGCAGCAGAUGGCUGACUAAGGUGGAAUUGGAAGAAAUGUUGUUAGAAAAACUGUCAGAUCAUGAUUAUUCAAGAUUUAUUCAACUGCUACAAAAAUUGGUGACAUUGCCAUAUGGUAAUGUUGAGGAGAAGUAUAUGCAAAAGUUUUCCAAAGAAAUUGCUAUGCAAUUACAAAAAGUGGUUAUUGAACCCUUGAAGUAUGAUGAGCAAGGAGUGGCCUUCAGCACUGGUGAAGGUCAAAGAAAAACUGCAAGAGCUACUGCAGUAGUUUAUGACAAUGGAAGUGGAAAAAUUACAGUGAAUGGAGUGGAUGUUUUACAUUACUUUCCAGUGCUGCAGGACAGAGAACAGUUGUUGUUCCCUUUCCAGUUUCUUGAUAGAAUUGGAAAACAUGAUAUGAUCUGUACAGUCUCUGGUGGAGGAAGAUCUUCACAGGCUGGAGCAAUACGUUUAGCCUCAGCAAAAGCCUUGAGGAGUUUUGUGACUGAAAAGGAGGUGGAAUUCAUGAGGCAAGUUUUUCUGUGUUCUGUAGCUGGACUACUAACAACUGACCCACGUUUGAAGGAACGAAAAAAGCCUGGUCAGGAGGGAGCCAGACGGAAGUUCACCUGGAAAAAGCGUUAAGUCUGAGUAGAUUAAAGAAAUGCAGAAUGCUACAAGAAUUGCAGAACAUACCUAACUGUGGUUUAAAAUUGUUAUAUAAAUAUAUUUAGUAAUAAAUAUCUUUUUGCAUUAUGA